AUGGUCAGUCAGAUAGUGUCAUGGGUGUUAUUUUUCACUAAAUUAUUUACCAUAGUACCUUAUAAGGUAAUAAUAGGAUAUAGAAGACAUCAGUCAAGAAAUUCUAGUUUCAACCAUAUCGAAAAAGGUAAAAUAUGGUUACGAUUAUUUAUGAGAGAGGCAACUUCGAUAUGUGAUGGUGAUAUAUUAAAAUAUGUCCUCAAUCCAUUAUUUGAUUGUAUGUGUAAAGCUAUAUUAUGUAUCUCGUCUGUUCCUAUGAAAUAUAGCUAUUCAUUAUUAUCAUCUUCAGAGUAUCCAAAUCUUCAGAUUGAUUGUAAUUGGUAUUACCAGCCGUCUAAUUAUGAUCCAAAGAGAGACGAUACAUUGAUUUUUGUUCAUGGUGGAGGAUUUGCGAUAAAGAUGAUUCCUUUAGAAUUUUUAUUCCUGAAUCAUUUAAUUUCUUUAUUCCCUCAAAUGGCAAUUAUAAUUCAUAACUAUACUGUAUCUACGGAAAAUGGCGGAGAACUACCUAAACAGUGUCAUGAAUUAAAAGAAUUAUAUAUAUAUUUAACAACAGUAGUAGGCAGUAAUAACAUUAUCUUAUUAGGUGAAUCUGCAGGUGGUCAUAUUAUCUUAAAUAUACUUUUACAAUUACAAGAGCUUAAUUUAAAUUUGCCAAAAAAAGCCAUAUGUAUAAGUCCCUGGUGUAACCCAUUUCAAGUUUUGUCGAUUGACAAAGAUAACCCUUAUGAAAACGAUAAUUAUAAAACGUUUGAUUCUUUAACAAAAGAACAUUUGAUGUUAUUUAGUUCGUUGUUGUUGAAGCAAACAGGUCAAAGUGAAGAAGAAAGUAUGGUGGCAACACAAAAAGCAUUAGAUAAUGGUAGUUGCAUCUCAAUGGAUCUAGAAAUAGAUUUCCAUGAAGAAUAUUGGGCAAAAAUUGUUAAACAAGUAUCUAUUUAUAUAUCCUAUGGUACUCAUGAAGUUCUUCAAGGUGAAAUUAAACGACUGUGUGAUAAAUUGAUAAAAGUAUCUAAUUCAAACGGGAAUGUUAUCGUUUUUGAAGACCACGAAGGAUCCCAUAUUGAACCAUUACUGCAUAUAGGAGCUAAAGAUACUAUUAAAUGGAGCCACAAGUCAAACGUGGAACCUAUGAUUAAGUUUUUACAAAUCUGA